AGUGCGGUAGCUCGGUGAGAGGUGGAGAGGACAGCGGGACUCGGAGCUUCUUCUGGCGGCGUUCAGGGCUUCACCUCCCGGCUUCAUACAGCUGGAGCUCCGGAGCUUCUGACCGGAAGGAGGACUUUACUUCUUUGUUUUUCAUUGUUUGGUUUAAAAGCUGCAGGGUUUCUCUUUUACUUCACACUUAAGGGAUUCUCUCCGGAGCCCGGUUCCUCCUGCUGCUGCGCUGUUUGCUCCGAGGUUCACCCGGGAGUCGCUGCACGGCAGCGGGCUGAUAGAGGAGGAGGUCCAGGAGGAGGUACAGGAGGAGAUCCAGGAGGAGGAGAUCCAGGAGGAGAUCACGGACCGAGGCUCCUCGGCACCAGGAGCAGUCUGCUGCAUCAGUAACACCUUCCACCGUGCAGCAGCAGCAGCAGCAGCAUGCAGCCAGAGGAGCUCUCCGGGCUGUGAAGGAGGAGGUCGCAGAGGAGGAGCACCUUUAGGAUUUAUGGGACAUUUGUUGGAUUUUUAUCACCCCGUCGUUGCAAACUUGUGUCCGGGAUGGGGAAGGAGCAGGAGCUGCUGGAAGCCGCCCGGACCGGGAAUGUGGCCCUGGUGGAGAAGCUGCUGAGUGGGAAGAAGGGGCUCCUGGGGUCCGGGUCCGGCUCCAUCCCGCUGCCCAACCUCCUCAGCAUGUGGAAAGGCCUGAAUGUCAACUGCACAGACAGCACAGGAUACACACCUUUACACCACGCCUCACUCAAUGGACACAGGGAAGUGGUGCUGAAGCUGCUCCAGUUUGAGGCGUCCACAAACAUUGCUGACAGCAAAGGUUGCUUCCCGCUGCACCUCGCCGCCUGGCGGGGAGACGUCGACAUCGUACGCAUCCUCAUCCACCACGGGCCUUCACACUGCCGCGUCAACCAACAGAACCAUGAGAGGGAAACAGCUCUCCACUGUGCAGCCCAGUAUGGCCACUCUGAGGUGGUUUCAGUGCUGCUGCAGGAGCUGACUGACCCCACCAUGAGGAACAGCCAGCAGGAAACACCUCUGGACCUGGCAGCGCUCUAUGGACGCCUACAGGUGGUGUGCAUGUUGGUGAGCGCUCACCCCAACCUGAUGAGCAGCCACACUCGCCGCCACACGCCGCUCCACCUGGCUGCACGCAACGGACACCACAGCACCGUGCAGACGCUGCUCGAGGCCGGCAUGGACGUCAACUGUGUGGUGAGGAGAGAAAUUAAUAGCUUUUAGCUGUUAGUGUCCUAUAUCUGCACCCGAGGAUUUAACAGAUCUCUGGCACAGAUUACUGCAGCCUCACG